GGGCCUGCCAGGGCCGUCCGGGCGCCCGGUGGGGUGUCCCCCUGCGCUGGCGCCGCGCGGCCGCGAGGGGGUCCGGCAGGCUACCCGUCGCUCAUGGCGGCCGCGGGCAGCGUUCCGCAGUCCCUGAAAGAGACCAUCAAGGAGAAGAUAGCGACCGCGCUGAAGGACAACCUUAAGCUCGAGGAGAAGGAGUUCGUCAACCCGUGGUCGAACCAGGACAAGGCCUCGGUGCUGCAGCAGACGCGGUGCUUCAGCGACACGCCCAUCGACUCGGAGAAGUGCAUGCAGCUCAUCACGCGGGUGCUCUAUCUGCUGCAGCAGGGGGAGAAGUUCACCUCGCAGGAGCUCACCGACCUCUUCUUCGGCUGCACCAAGCUCUUCCAGGUGAGCAGCACCAGGCUAAGGCGGAUGGUCUUCCUGGUGAUCAAGGAGCUGGAGCCCCCAGACGAGAUCGCCUUUAUUGUGGCCUCCAGCCUGAUCAAGGACGCUCACGCGCGACGCGCGUGCGCAUUGGCGUCCCCACCUUUUUCAUUUU